UUUGUACGCACCGCUAACAAACGCCAACAUCAGCGGUAACAACAUCGCGAGUUUUACGGCCUACAAAAACCAAAACAACAACGACGAAGACAACAACAACACCAACCACACCAACAACCGAUGUCUUCUUUGUUGAAGAACCGUCUCCAGGAGGAGAGAAAGCAGUGGCGGAAGGACCACCCGUACGGGUUCUUCGCUAAACCUGAAAAGAGUGCAGAUGGGUCGUUGAAUUUACAGAGCUGGACAGCUGGUGUCCCAGGAAAGGACAAUACCAUCUGGGAAAACGCCACUUAUCCAUUGACGAUCACAUUCCCCAACGAUUUCCCUUCGAAACCGCCGAAGGUAAGGCUCCCAGCUGGGUUCUACCACCCUAACGUUUACCCCUCUGGAACCAUCUGUCUUUCGAUAUUGAACGAGGACCAAGAUUGGAGACCUGGUAUCAACUUGAAACAGAUCUUGUUAGGCGUACAAGAACUAUUGGAUACACCAAACCCGGAUUCCCCAGCACAGGAACCGGCUUGGAGAGCAUUCGGUAAAGAUCGUGCUCUUUACGAAAAGAAGGUGAUAGAGCAGGCAAAGAAGUACGCCAAAGCUGGUUAAAGCCCUGUUCCUACGAGCGAAACGAACACAAACGUUUGCCUUUAGUAUACGUGUAAAAGUACAUACAUAUAAUCUAUUACUAUACCUCACUCUUCUUGUAGUCGAUGAAUCUGCCCAGGUUGUUGUAGAUCUCCUCAGCCUUCAAUUUGAACUCCUUAUCAACAUUCUUGUCGACAAGUUUGAAACUGGUCUUCACCCU